AGGAGGAGGCCUCAGGCAUAGAACUGGCCAGAGAGACCCAGGGGAUAGUCAGGGACAGGCAGACAUGCAGCCAGGGUUCUGGGGCCUGGACAGGGGCAGCCAGGCCCCGUGACGGGAGGACCCCGAGCUCCGGCCCGGGGAGGGGCCAUGGUGUUGCCUGCCCAACAUGUCAGCCGAAGUGCGGCUGAGGCAGCUCCAGCAGCUGGUGCUGGACCCAGGCUUCCUGGGGCUGGAGCCCCUGCUCGACCUUCUCCUGGGCGUCCACCAGGAGCUGGGCGCCUCCCACCUAGCCCAGGACAAGUAUGUGGCCGACUUUUUGCAAUGGGUGGAGCCCAUUGCAGCAAGGCUUAAGGAGGUCCGACUGCAGAGGGAUGACUUUGAGAUUUUGAAGGUGAUCGGGCGUGGGGCGUUCAGUGAGGUAGCGGUGGUGAAGAUGAAACAGACCGGCCAAGUGUAUGCCAUGAAGAUUAUGAAUAAGUGGGACAUGCUGAAGAGAGGCGAGGUGUCAUGCUUCCGGGAAGAAAGGGAUGUAUUAGUGAAAGGGGACCGGCGCUGGAUCACACAGUUGCACUUUGCCUUCCAGGAUGAGAACUACCUGUACCUGGUCAUGGAAUACUACGUGGGCGGGGACCUGCUAACGCUGCUGAGCAAGUUUGGGGAGCGGAUCCCCGCCGAGAUGGCGCGCUUCUACCUGGCCGAGAUUGUCAUGGCCAUAGACUCGGUGCACCGGCUGGGCUACGUGCACAGGGACAUCAAACCAGAUAACAUUCUGCUGGACCGAUGUGGGCACAUUCGCCUGGCAGAUUUUGGCUCCUGCCUCAAAUUGCAGCCUGAUGGAACGGUGAGGUCGCUGGUGGCUGUGGGCACCCCGGACUACCUGUCUCCUGAGAUUCUGCAGGCUGUUGGUGGAGGGCCUGGGGCAGGCAGCUACGGGCCAGAGUGUGACUGGUGGGCACUGGGCGUGUUUGCCUACGAAAUGUUCUAUGGGCAGACACCCUUCUACGCCGACUCCACAGCCGAGACGUAUGCCAAAAUUGUGCAUUACAGGGAACACUUGUCUCUGCCUCGGGCAGACAUGGGUGUCCCUGAGGAAGCUCAGGACCUCAUUCGUGGGCUGCUGUGUCCUGCUGAGAUAAGGCUCGGUAGAGGUGGGGCAGGUGACUUCCAGAAGCAUCCUUUCUUCUUUGGCCUUGAUUGGGAGGGUCUCCGGGACAGCGUGCCCCCCUUCACACCAGACUUCGAGGGUGCCACAGACACAUGCAAUUUUGAUGUGGUGGAGGACCGGCUCACUGCCAUGGUGAGCGGGGGCGGGGAGACACUGUCCGACAUGCAGGAAGACAUGGCACUCGGGGUGCACCUGCCUUUUGUGGGUUACUCCUACUCUUGCAUGGCCUCAAGAGACAAUCAGGUCACGGACCCCACCCCUAUGGAACUAGAGGCCCUGCAGUUGCCUGUGUCAGACUUGCAAGGGCUUGACUUGCCGCCCCCCGUGUCCCCACCGGAUCAAGCGGCUGAAGAGGCUGACCCCGCGGCUGUCCCUGUCCCUCCGGCUGAGACAGAGACCAUGGUGACGCUGCGGGAGCUCCAGGAAGCCUUGGAAGAAGAGGUUCUCACCCGGCAGAGCCUGAGCCGCGAGCUGGAGGCCAUCCGUACCGCUAACCAGAACUUCUCCAGCCAACUACAGGAGGCCGAGGUCCGGAACCGAGACCUGGAGGCGCAUGUUCGGCAGCUACAGGAGCGGAUGGAGAUGCUGCAGGCCCCAGGAGCUGCAGGCGAGUCCCUCACGCACUCCCAGCCAGGAGGACGCCGGGUGGAGAUGGGGCACGUUGGGUGUAUGAACCCUGGGGCAGGGGAGGAGUCCAGGCUGGGACACCGCAGUCGCGCCACCGCCCUUCUUCGCCCUCCACGCUCCAUACACCUCUCUCUUCUCCUUCCAGCUGUCACGGGGGUCCCCAGUCCCCGGGCCACGGAUCCACCUUCCCAUCUAGAUGGCCCCCCGGCCGUGGCUGUGGGCCAGUGCCCGCUGGUGGGGCCAGGCCCCAUGCACCGCCGUCACCUGCUGUUCCCUGCCAGGGUCCCUAGGCCUGGCCUAUCCGAGGCGCAUUGCCUGCUCCUGUUCGCCGCUGCUCUGGCUGCUGCCGCCACACUGGGCUGCACUGGGUUGGUGGCCUAUACCGGCCGUCUCACCCCAGUCUGGUGUUUCUCGGGAGCCACCUUCGCCCCCUGAACCCUAAGACUCCAAGCCAUUUUUCAUUUAGGCCUCCUAGGAAGGUCGAGUGACCAGAGAAAGACCCAGAGCCUCUCUGUGCCCAUAUUCACCCCCGACCCCCCACUGCUCUGCUCCACUCCACACUUCUGUGAGCCUGGGUCCCUAUCCUGCUCCGCUCCUGUGAUCCGGGCCCGCCCCCUGGCGGCUGGGGAGGGAGGAAGAGGGCUCGUGCCCAGCACCCCGGUUCCUGCAGAGCUACUGCUGACUACUACUGCAGCCCAGGCAUUCGCCAACCAUGCUUUUACUCAGCCCCGACGUGGAUGGGCAAACUGGUCAGCUCAUCCGAUUUCACUUUUCACGCCCCCAGCCAUCAGUUAAAAGCCAUAAGCAAUAAGUCCCUUAUCUCUGGAGACAUCCCAUUCCCAUAAGGAAGGAUGAGCAAGACCUCUGCCAGCACACAUGGGAGUCUUUGGCUUCGGACAGUCUCACUCCUGGGGGUUCUGCAACUCCUUCCUCACGUACACUCCCGUACUCUCCCGUCGGAGCCACGGCUGCACACACCCCCAAGGCAGUGUGGGUAUUUAUUGACCUUGUUCUCUGACUCACUGACAGACUCCGGGACCCACGUUUUGGAUGCACUGAGACUCGACAUUCCUCGGUAUUUAUUGUCUGUCCCCACCUACGACCUCCACUCCUGACCCUCGCAAAUAAAAUACUUCUGGCUGCCCUAAAA